UUUAUCAUUGAAAAAAUUUGAAAAUAAAUUAAUUUCAUCGAUUUCGAUUUUUAAUGAAAUAAAUCGAGCAAUUUCUUAUAUUUAAUUCAUUCUGCGUGAUAAAUUGUGAUACAUUGAAUCAAUCAUGAUACCAAAUAACAUUAUUGUACUUUCCAGGAGAUGCAUUAUGACUGUCAGGCCACACACUCCUUUGAUAAAAUUCCGUAAAGGUGGGAUCGAAGGUUCUAAAACAUCCGGUUCUAGUAGCUCAUCGGGUGUGGGAAGAAGCUCAGGACCCAGACCAAUCCUAGAAGACUACCAAUUACCUUUGAGAUACCGAAGACGUCCUUUAGACGAAGCUGAAAUCAACGCUAUCAACAGCGGCGGCAUAUAUUAAAAUACUAGUCAUCAUUCAAUGGCACUUCACAAUCCGGUAGAUUUUCCCAUUUCCUAGCGAGAUCAUCGUGUAUUUAUUCUAAACUGAUUAUCGAAUGUUAAUAUUUCAUCCUGUUUGUGCGUAAAUCUAAAAAUAGUAUGUAUAUUUAUGUAAAUAAUAAUGGAUUAAAAAGGCAUUUUGUCUAAAGCAACGAAA